AUGAAGAUCAACAUUGCCAACCCCGCCACUGGGGCUCAAAAGACUAUCAACAUCGACGACGAGAGAAGAUUCCGCAUCUUCUUCGACAAGAAGAUCUCGCAAGAGGUAGAGGCAGACAUCCUUGGAGACGAAUGGAAGGGUUACAUUUUCCGUAUCACCGGUGGUAACGACAAGCAAGGUUUCCCCAUGAUGCAGGGCGUCCUACUCCCUUACCGUGUCAGACUUCUCUUGACCGACAACCACUCUUGCUAUCGUGCAAGCCGCGCAGGCGAGAGGAAGCGCAAAUCUGUCCGUGGUUGCAUCGUUGGCCCGGACAUUGCUGUUCUCUCUGUCGUCAUCGUUAAACAGGGCGACAAUGAUAUCCCUGGGCUCACCGACACUGUUCUGCCCAAGCGACUUGGUCCUAAAAGGGCAACAAAGAUCAGAAGGUUCUUCAACUUGUCGAAGGAGGACGAUGUCAGGAAGUACGUUGUGAGGCGUGAGGUGAAGAGUUCGAAGAAGGAGAACGCCAAACCUUACACCAAGGCACCCAAAAUCCAAAGAUUGGUCACUCCCAUCCGUCUGCAACGUGCCCGUCACCUCCGUUCCCUCAACCGUCGCCGGAUUGACCGCCAGAAGGAGCAGAAGGCAGAAUACGAUGCCCUUAUCCAAAAGCGUGUUGCUGAGAAGAAGGCCAAGGUCGCAGCCAUCAAAGCCUCGCACCACAAGACUGCCUAA